UUGAGAAAAUCACAGGUUUGAAAAGCAGUCCAACUGGGUAAACAUGCUUUGUGAGACUUUGUUACUGCACUGACCUCUAGACGGCGCACUAAUGUUCGCAUUGUGCUUCCUAGUCCUUGAUGGAAUCUUGAGUUUGAUUCAUGUUAGCGAAUCGGUUCGUUCACAUGGUUCCUAUCAAUGAGCCUUUUUAUUAAACCGACUCACUUUUUUGGAUUUAAUUUUUACUACUAUAAAUUUGUUUUGAAAUUACUGUUCUGUAUUAGGCUAUUAAAAUAGCAUUAAAUGUUGUUUAUUGCUCAAAAAUUGUUCACACUGGAAAUUCCUGACUGAACAGAUCUGUAAUGUUUCCAGUAUUAAGAAAAAUAUCAAUCAUUUUCAAUACUGUUACAGGUUUUAUUCCCAAACACAACUGAGUGAUUCGCGCUUUGCGAAUCGGUUCGACCGAACAUUGAAAAGAUUCAGUUCUUUAGAGAAUCGAUUCGUAGACCUGUCAGCUGAGUUUCCCAGCUGACAGGUUAAGCACGCGGUGAAAGAUCUCAGAGACUUGGCAAUGGAUAUCGAUGAAGAUAUAGUUGAUUCUUCAACACCAGAGGCUCCAACCACUAAAAUGUCCAGACAACAGAUAUUACCACUUGUUGCAAUGGCCUCCAUAAACUUCAGUUCAAUGAUCUGUUACUCCAUUCUGGGACCAUUUUUCCCAAAUGAGGCAAAGAAGAAAGGUGUCAGCCAAGCUAUGAUUGGGUUAAUAUUCGGAAUCUAUGCAUUAUGCACUUUGGUGGGCUCAUUGAUACUUGGUAAAUAUAUUGUCCAGAUAGGAGCCAAGUUUAUGAUUGUGGCAGGAUUGUUCGUAUCGAGCGGAUCCACUGUACUCUUCGGAUUUCUUGACCAAGUGUCUGAUGGGACAGUUUUCAUCGUGCUCUGUUUUAUCACACGGUGCGUAAAUGCAAUUGGCUUUUCUGCCGCCGUUACAUCGUCUUUUGCAGUUUCAGCAAAAGUUUUCCCUGACAACAUAGCGACUGUUUUGGGCUUCAUGGAGAUUUUUACAGGUCUUGGCCUGAUAUUGGGGCCUCCGUUGGGCGGCUGGCUCUAUCAGUCAUUUGGAUAUGAAAUCCCAUUCGUUUUCACAGGAUGUCUUCUGUUUGUGACAGUGCCUCUUAAUUUGUGGAUUUUACCAAGCUUUGAUGCUGUUCCUUCCCAGAAUUCCUUCCUCAGAUUGUGUACCAGAAUAAAGAUCCUUCUCAUCUGCUUCGUGGUGUUCACGUUGAGUUCAGGAAUUGGCUUCCUGGAUGCAACACUGUCCAUAUUUGCCAUAGAAAAGCUAAAUCUCAGUGCUGGUUCGGUGGGGCUGCUCAUGAUUGGACUUUCACUGCCGUAUGGGGCGGCAUCACCCGUCUUUGGCGUGAUCAGUGAUAAAUAUCCUUCAGUUAGGAAAUGGAUGAUGGUGGUUGGAGGAAUGGCCACAGCGGUGAGCUUCUGUUUCCUCGGCCCACUUCCUGUUUUCCAUAUUAGAAGUCAGCUGUGGCUCACCGUCCUCAUGCUGAUCGUGGUGGGCUUCUCUCUCUGUAUGACCUGUAUCCCCACCUUCGCUGAGAUGAUCGCUUGUGCACAUGAAAAUGGCUUUGAGGAGGGCUUGAGUACAUUGGGGUUGGUGUCAGGCUUGUUCUCUGCAGUCUGGUCUGCUGGGAUGUUCUUUGGGCCGACUAUUGGAGGAUACAUCACACAAGCACUCAACUUUGAAUGGAGUGCAGGAGUUCAAGGCGCACUCGCCUUUCUCGCUGCCUUACUACAAGUAAUAUAUUUCACAAUAGAGGACAUACAAAAGAAGUCACAAAAGUCCAACAGGACUAACUUGUCGUCAUCUCGAGGAGAAAAAUCCCCUCUUCUCCCUAAGACAGAUCAUCUCACAGUUGACGUCAGCUGAAAUAAGCCCCUGCAAGCUUUUAGAUGGAGAACAAACCUAAUCAUAUUGCUGCUAAAUACAGAUGACAAAUGAAGAAGGCAGAGAAGGUCAGUUUAACAACAAAGAUGUCAUACAUGUAUUAUUUCAAGUUUAAUUGAACCUGUACACAGGAGUUCAGUGAACAUUUACAGUGUAAAUGCAAAAGUCCUGUAAGAAGAUUGAGUUAAGAGAGAAGUAAUGCAUAAUAGUAACAAGAUGACAUUUACACCAAACAGAUCUGAGGUGUGCUUUUAGAUAAACACUUAACAGUGUGUUUAUUUUUGGGGCUUAUUUACUGUGUUUAGUAACUUUGAUUAACAUGAGAUGUAACAUCCAUUCUAAAAAAAAUAUGGGUGUAGAUUUUUGAAGUAAACUGAAAUCCUUA